CAAAAUCAAAGCAUCCCAUAAAUAGUGAUGUUAUGAGGAGAGAAUGCGUCUUGGCCGUUCAGAUUGGGCGAAUCGCCAGGCACACUCGGAGUGCACUCUCUAUCGGGUACGCUCUGCACUGGACGUCGCCCAGACUCUUCAAUCUGAACGCGCCCACACGUUGCUUGUAGGUUAAUGCCAGCUUGGGUGCUUCGGUCACACUUGCCAAAUUCUCAAAAGCCGAGAAAAAAGAAGACGAUAACCUAACCCGGCUUCUGUUUUGUGAGUGGUUUUGUGUUUUGCUAGUUUUUAUUUUAUUAUUUUUUCUGAUUAUUUUAAUUUUUCCAAAAACCAAAAUGUUAUAAAAUUAAAAUAUAAUACAGAUUACACAUUACGGUUUUUGCUUUCACUUUGAAAAAUAUCCUCAUUUGCCAGCACAAUGUUGUCCAUAGGACCGAAAAUGGAUGGGAGCCCCAACGCCAAAUACUUCGAGUCCCCGGAAACUUUAAGUUCGCUUGAAGGAGUGAAGAGUUGGCUACAGAAGAACGCGAAAAAGUAUAUCACCAAUGAUUCAAUAACAAACAAAAGCAUAGCCCAAACCAUAGUACAUCUUUUGCAGUUCCAAGAAGAUUUUCUUGGUAAAAAGACCCAAAAACCUCCUAUGACUCGUAUACCAGUAAAAUUCUUUUUGGAUUUCAAACCUGGAAGAGGCCUAUGUCAGAUCCUAAAUGCAGCUUAUAAAUUUAAAACGGAUAAUGGCUGGAAAAAACUUGAAAUUCCCACUGGCAAGAAUACACCAAAGUUAUACGAAAUGUUUCAAGCAAUUGAGAAAGCCUUAGUACAAAGCAAAUUAUAUUCUUAUCCUGCAGUUUACAUUAUGUCGAAUGUUGAUAAAACAGUGGUUCAGAAACUUAAAGAUAUUAUCAAAAAACGUUCCGGUCAAAUUGUGGAAGACAAAGAGGAUGCCACACAUAUUCUAUACAAUUCUGCAGAUGCUCUUGUAGAAGAAUACGGACGACCUGUAGUGAAAACAGAUAAAAUGAUAUUAAUGCAUUGGUAUUAUUUCCCCGACUCUUUUGACACUUGGGUAAGUCAAGAUUCAAUCGGACUUGAUGAUAUGGAGCUUGAAAAUCCUAUCCCUCGAUCGGAGCCUUGGCGCAUUACUUAUUCUUGGGUUUUCGAUACUGACCAGUACAAUGAAUGGAUGUCUGAAGAAGAUUAUGAAGUCGAUGAUGCUGGCAGCAAAAAAAUACAUCCCAGAUUGUUGUCUGUGGAAGACUUUAUGAAUUUUGCAGAUGAAGGCGUCAAAAAAAAACGAGACACUAAAAGAAAAAAAUCACCUACGCCUCCAUUGAAAACAGCAAAAAGAAAAAGUAAUAGAAAUGUGGCUAUAGGCAAGAAAAAUACCAAAGAAGAUGAUCCUGUAGAAGAAAUUGAAGAUCCUCCACGUCCUGAAGAAUCGAUAGUGCCUUCCUCAAGCAGUCAACCAGAAUCAGAACAACUAGAAAUUACAAGUGAAACCGUUCCAGAUGGAAAAGAAGCCAUAGUAGCUGAGCAAUCAAUUUCCAUAAUAAUCCCUUCAUAUGGAGCUUGGUUCAACUACAGCUCAAUACAUGAAAUGGAAAAAAAAUCUUUACCUGAAUUUUUUAAUGGUCGCAACAAGUCAAAAACUCCAGAAGUUUAUCUGGCUUAUAGGAAUUUCAUGAUAGAUAUCUACCGAACAAAUCCCCUUGAAUACCUUAGCAGUGCAGCCUGCAGAAGAAAUCUAACUGGAGAUGUUUGUGCUAUAAUGAGGGUACACUCUUUCCUAGAACAAUGGGGUCUCAUAAAUUAUCAAGUGGAACCAUAUUUAAAGCCUUCUGUAGUAGGACCACCUCCCACGUCUCAUUUUCAUAUAAUAUGCGAUUCUCCUUCAGGACUACAGCCAAUUAAUCCACCUAAAAUAUUACAACCAAGUGCUGCAAGAACUUUUAUAGAUUUAGAUAAACCUCAAGAUGAACAAUCUUUGUAUAAUUUUGGCUUAAAGCUUGAUCAAUACACUAAAAAGCCACCACCAAGAAACAAGCGAGCCAUGGAAAAAGUUUGGUCAGAACAAGAGACACUUCUUUUGUUAGAGGGUCUGGAAAUGUAUAAAGAUGACUGGAACAAAGUUUGCGAACACGUUGGAUCAAAGACACAGGAUGAAUGCAUACUUCAUUUCCUGAAACUACCCAUUGAUGAUCCCUAUGUGGAGUAUUCAAAGGUAGAAGGAACUUUGGGUCCUUUAGCUUAUCAACCUUUACCUUUUAGUCAAGAUGGGAAUCCUAUUAUGUCUACAGUCGCUUUUUUAGCUUCCAUUGUUGACCCGAGAGUAGUAUCGGCAGCUGCAAAAUCAGCUAUGACUGAAUUUGCCAGUAUUAAAGAUGAAGUUCCUCCUGCUGUUGCGGAAGCUCAUCUUAAAAACAUUGAAGCGUUCGACAAAAUUGAUUUAGAUGCGAGUUUGGCUUCCACUGGUAUUGCUGGUACUGCUCCUGAAAAUGAACAAGCACAAAAAGAUGAAACUGAAGUCAAUGAGAAAAUGGAAGUUGAUGAUAAGGAAAAGGACGAGUCUUCUCAAGAGCAAAGCUCUUCUCCAGAAGAACCUAAAACUAAGGACAGUGAGGUUCAAAGCGCUGCAGCAGCAGCUUUAGCAUCUGCGGCUGUGAAAGCUAAACAUUUGGCCGGAGUCGAGGAGCGAAAAAUCAAAUCUCUUGUCGCUUUAUUAGUUGAAACUCAAAUGAAAAAAUUGGAGAUCAAACUGCGUCACUUCGAGGAGCUCGAAACUACAAUGGAAAGGGAGCGAGAGGGCAUCGAGUAUAAGCGGCAACAGCUGAUACGAGAAAGACAACAGUUUCACGUAGAACAAAUAAAAGCGGCUGAGUUUAGAGCGAGACAACAAGCACAGCAACGGUUAUUAGCGGAACAAGGCCAUUCGACUCAGCUGCAACAAGCAGGACCGAGUUCGAGUGAAGCUGGACAUAGCGGAACAUCCAUUCCAUCUUCACCUCAGGCUUCCGCUGUGCUUUCACCUCAACCGCAAAAUAUUAGUGAUGGUAGUGAAUAAGAGGAAACCAGGGUUACCCAAAAGAAUACAAAUAAAUCUAAACCUAAGGUUCAAAACUGAAUGAUUAGUUAGUUAGGAAAUAUGUAUUUUUUUAUAUGUUUACAGAGAGAUACAAUUAUUACUUUUUAUUAUAGAGUUUAUAGACAAACGACGCAAGUUAGGCUUAAUAUGAUUUAUUUAGAAUUUGCUUUUUGUUUUGGCAUGUUAUUAUGGAUUUUUUAGUAAAUGGUAUUUUUCCCUAACUGAAAAACUUAAUUUCCAAGCCCCUAAUCCCCAAUACAGAAAUGAUAAUGUGAAUAAAGUCGGUGAAUUUGCAUGAACAACUUGCUGCAACCUGUUUAUAGAAACAAAAACAACAGCAAAAGUUCCAUAAACAUUCUGUCCACACCAUGGUUACUCAUUUUUUCCUACGACUGCCUCUGAAAAUGGAGUUUUUCGCACGCUAGGCAACCUCUGAAAUUAGAGUUUUUCGCACAGCGUGCGAAAAAGUUUUUCACACGCAUUUUAGCGUGCGAAAAAGUUUUUCACACGCCUCAAGUUUUCUAACAAAUGAAAAUUACAUAUUUGGUUGUUUUAUUUUGCAGUUGUAGGAAAAGCAUUGUAAAAAACUCAUUUGAAAACCUUUUUUCACACUUGCUCGACUUGUGGAACUCGCCUACGGCUCGGUCCAACAAACUGUCUCGCCGUGCGAAAAAAGUCGUUUUCAAAACUUGUUGUUUAAAUAACACACUGAUAAAAAUAAAGUUGAAAAACAAGAAGAAGAAAUGUUUACCAAGGUGUCUAUAUUUCCUUUAUUCUUUGCCGCUAAAUAUGGAAACAAGCAAUUUAUAGGAACUUUUAUUGCUGCAAUCAUGAACAAUAAGGGAUUUGAAUGAAUAAACUUUUGGAAAUAUGGCAGAAAAAAGUACCAUACUAUUUUCUCGAUUUUGGAUUUUAUUUUUAUUUUUUUUAAAAACUUUUUCGCAGGUGCUGUUGGUUGGGGAUUUUUUUCUGUGCAAAAUAUGUGUUGGUAACACUUACUACUUACUCACCAACCGACAGGUUGAUUCUAUUUAUUUUUGUAAUGUAUUGAUGGGGUUGAGAAAAAGUAAUACGAGUGAAAACUUACUGCUUUAUUAUACAAGACAUUAGCCGUACCCCGGUCACAGAGCUUCGGAGGCGCGCGCAUUCUCUGUCAUUUUUUUGUUUGUCAGUUCCAGCAACUGAUUAUUUGUUAUUUGUUUAUGUUUGAAGCUUGAUAUCGUAAUCUUUAUGUUGAGCUUUGAAAAUAAUUAUACAAAAGUUGAGAGGUGUUGGCACGUUGGCAGUCUAAAUAUAUAACCAUUAACUUCUUUGCUUGUAUUGUUAUGCUAGUUAUGAUAUUGGCGUUUUCUUCAUAAAUUGUUACCCAUCUAUAUCUUCCUUUCCACCAGGAGAUUUUUUCAUCUGAAAAUUAAAGGGAUCAGGAACUGGAUCCAAUUUUACAAACAACAAACAAAACAAGAUCCACGAGUAGUGAAACUACAUAUUUUAUAUAAUAAAUCCGCAAGUGGCAGACCUUUACUUUAUUUUUUAAAGGUCGGCGAUUGGCG